AUGGGCAAGCGCCGAAGCCGGAGCCAGAACCAGCUGCUCAGUACCCUGACGAAAAAGCAGAAGAAGCAUCUUCGCGAUUUCGGCGAGGAGCAUCCCUUCUACGACCGCCCUUCAGUUACCGCCGCCGUGGCCUCGGCCCGAGAUGCCCGGAUCCGUGGUGAGCGUCGUGGAUCUCGGGGUCAGCCUCUGCGAGCGGCUUUAGUUGCCGUCCCAGGCACGGCUCUAAUCGAGACGCUGGGGAAGACUAGGAAUCCCCUGCCAUUUGCACUGUGUGCUGACACUCUGUAUUCUAAAUUAGAUCCAUUUCUGCAACACAUAAACAAAGAACUGAAAGAAAAAGAAGUUGAGGCUGUUGCCACAAAUCCCAAAACUACCCACCAGCUAAAAUGGCCCAUCCUGGGCCAGCUUGUCUUUUCAUCCAAGUUUCAGAAGUUGGAAACAUUUAAACCUCCAAAGGAUAUUGACUUACAAUCACUUCAUCUCCAAAAGCCUCUGGAAUCCACCUGGACCAAGACCAAUAGUCAGUUCCUGUCUGGCUCUCCAAAAUCCAAUGGUUCCUUCACCCCCCUCCAGAAAGAGCUCUUCUUAAUUAUGAAUUCCUACCGGGACCUGUUCUACUCAGAGAGGACGGCUCUGAAGAACGGGGAAGAGAUCCGUCACGUGUACUGCUUGCAUGCAAUCAAUCAUGUCCUCAAAGCUAAUGCCCAGGUGCUAGGCAACAACAGCAGACGCCGAAGCCAGAAACUUGGGGUGGGCGAUGAUGAUGACUUCAGAGACCAAGGGCUAACAAGGCCCAAGGUGCUGAUUGUGGUGCCUUUCCGGGAAGCUGCCUUGCGGGUGGUGCAGCUGUUCAUCAGCCUCCUUGAGGGCGACAGCAAGAAGAAAAUAAUCGUAAGCAAUAAGAAAAGGUUUCAGGGAGAAUACGGAUCCGAUCCUGAGGAGAGACCACCCAACCUGAAGAGACCUGAGGACUAUGAAGCUGUGUUUGUGGGCAAUAUCGAUGACCACUUCAGGAUUGGUGUGGCAAUUCUUCAGAGAAGCAUCCGACUCUAUGCCCCUUUUUACUCCUCCGACAUCCUCAUUGCUUCCCCUCUUGGCUUAAGGACCAUCAUUGGUGGAGAAGGAGAGAAGAAAAGAGAUUUUGACUUUUUGUCAUCUAUUGAGCUUCUCAUCAUUGAUCAAGCUGACAUUUACCUGAUGCAGAACUGGGAGCAUGUCCUGCAUCUGAUGAAUCACAUGAACCUACUGCCCUUGGACUCCCAUGGCGUAGACUUUUCUCGGGUGCGAAUGUGGAGCCUCAAUAAUUGGUCUAAAUACUAUCGUCAGACACUGCUGUUUGGGGCCUUGCAGGAUGCCCAGGUCAACUCACUGUUCAGCAAGCACUGCAUCAAUUUUCAAGGCCAGGUGGCAGUGCGGAACGUCCCGAUGACAGGCUCCAUCAGCCAUGUGCUGGUGCAGCUUCCCCAUGUCUUCCAGAGGAUGGAAACGGAAAACCUCGCUUCAGUGAUUGAUGCCAGGUUUAACUUUUUCAUAAGUAAGAUUUUGCCUCAGUACCGAGAUGCCGUCAUGUCCCACACACUCAUCUAUGUCCCUUCCUACUUUGACUUUGUGCGUCUCCGGAAUUACUUCAAGAAGGAGGAACUGAACUUCACCCACAUCUGCGAAUACACCCAGAAGUCUGGUGUCUCCAGGGCCAGACAUUUCUUUCUUCAAGGAGAAAAGCAGUUUCUACUCCUGACAGAACGCUUUCAUUUCUACAAAAGGUAUACCAUAAAAGGCAUCAGGAACCUGAUAUUCUACGAACUGCCGACAUAUCCUCACUUCUACAGUGAAAUCUGUAACAUGCUGAGAGCCACCAACAGAGGAGAGGAGGCCACGUGGACCUGUACUGUCCUCUACUCCAAGUACGAUGCGCAGAGGUUAGCAGCUGUGGUCGGUGUGGAGCGGGCAGCCCAGAUGCUGCAGUCCCAGAAGAACGUCCACCUCUUCAUUACUGGAGAAAAAUGAGAGUUUGUCAGACUGGAUGAGGUAUUGAGUGGGACGCAUUGCCCUUGUGCCCCUGGGCCAUUUCUGAGGAUUCCUCCCUCAGGAAGGAUGGCCAUAGGGAUGAGCUCUCUGUCGUGCCCUGUUACCUGAUGCUUGUGUGUUUUCAGGUCUUGUCCCUGGGAACUUCACUGUCAACCAAACUUUGUUCAAUCUCAGCAUUCAGAGUCCCUAACUUCUACUUUUUUUUUCUAAUUAUGAUUUUUGCUUCUAAUUUAUUUCACUUGGAAAAUUCUUUCAGAUCUGCCUGUUUGUUUUGGCACUUUCUUGAAAGUAAAGCAUCCACGUCACAGCUUGUGAAUCUUGGUGAGAAAUUGGAACACUUUCUCAUUGCUGUGUGUCAUCUUCGUUUUCGAUGGCAGAUUGUGGAAAACUGCUAUUUUUCCCCAGCCAAACUUU